ACAUACACCGCGGGGAGAGUGCUGUGCCAGAGUGAUGCAUUUGGUAUCUCUGGAUUUAUAGCUCUGCGAGCGUCAUCGUUUCGCCGUGUUUCCUAGAUACAGUAGCGCAAAAAAGUAUAAAUGACAUUGUGUAUACUGUUCAAGCUGAGCAUUCCUGAGCUUUUUUUAUCAGUACGAAAGGUGCGCGUGCAUGUGGCGAUCGACCACCUGUAUGCUAUAGGUUCGAGCGGAGUUAGUUGUGCAGUCUCAGCUCAGAGACUCAGUCCUGACAAAACAACCAACAGCUUUUUUUACUCAUCCGUCUAGAAAAUGUAAUAAAUUACGUUUAUAUCUUAAAAAAGCAUAAACAUGUCGAUAUACUCUUUCGGUAUGGAGCAUCGAUUUCAUUGUAUUAUCAAGCUUUUGGACGAACAGGUGGAGUCGAUCAAUGUUGAAUUUCAAAGGGAUAGCAAAGGACAGUUUUUACUUGACCAGGCAUGUGAUGCAUUGAGACUUGCUGAAAGUGAGUACUUUGGGUUGCGCUAUGUUGACCAACACAAACAGAGGCAUUGGCUAGACUGUAAGAAGAAUGCACUGAAGCAACUGAAAGGGACAGGCCCACCUUACAGGGUGGUAUUCAGGGUGAAGUUCUAUCCAGUAGACCCUUAUUCAUUAAAGGAGGAAAUCACUCGCUUUCAGUUAUUCCAGCAGCUCAAACGAGACCUUCUUCAUGGCCGCAUUGUGUGCGCUUUUCAAGAUGAGGCUCUUCUAGGUGCUUGCAUAGUGCAGUCUAACCUUGAAGAUUACAAUCCUGAAGAACACCUGCCAGGGUAUGUGUCUCACUUCACAAUGUUUCCUAAACAUUCUGAGAAACGACAGAUCAGGAUAGAGGAGCUACAUCAGUCAGACCUUGGUGGGAUGAUGCCAGCUCAAGCUGAAUUCAAGUUCAUAGAAACGGCACACAAGCUUGACACUUAUGGAGUAGACCCACAUUUAGUCAGGGACAUGUAUGGAACCCAAUUAUACCUUGGCUUGACAUUCCGUGGGGUGCUUCUGUUCCGUGGUAGCAUGCUAGCAGAGACAUUCAAGUGGGAUACCAUCAGGAAGUUCUCACAAGACGGUCGGGCUCUUAUCAUCCAUGCUGUCUUCAAUGAGAAGAAAGUGAAUCAUCGUUACUUCUUGAGUACAGACGCUGCAGCUGAACAUUUAUGGAAAUGUGCAAUAGAGAACCAGGGAUUCUACCAAAGCAGAGUAACUAAGGGGUUGAAGAGGACAAACAGUUUCCUGAGGAGAAAUAGAUACAGUUUUAGUGGUACCACCCAGAAAGAAGCAAUGGAAAACAGUACACACCUAGAGAGGAAAGAGCCAACAGUUGCCAGGAGUCCACCUCUGAUCAGACCGAGGCGAUCACUGCAAAUAAACAGCCUUAGACCUAUCAGUGAUGCAAGUACAUUUGAAGGUUUCUCUGCGCACCUAGCAAGCCAGAACCACUCAACGCCCCAGAGAGACUCUGACAACCAUCUUCCCAUGUUCACCCUGGCAACAUCAGAUGGUGAGGAUGAGACUAGUAGUACGGACACCCAGCCUCCGGCCAUCACCACACCAACGGCCAUCGAUGGCCACGUGAGAGACCCCCUACCAAAUGUCGUGGAGGAAGAGGAGGUGGUGGCGGAGGAGCGGAAUGGAGGAGUUUGUGAGACCAAACCAUCUCCAAUGUCUCAGGUAGAAAGCAAUCACCGGAUGGAGAGCAUUCUUGCCGAGGCGUCAGGAUCUUCAACAAAGACAGCCUCUCCUAAGGACGCUGACCUUCCCCUGUCCAACACAUACUCUCUAAUCCUCCUCAUCCUUCUUAUUCUCAUCACCUGCAUUCUGGUUGUCUUUGUUCUCUUUGAAACGGACCUUCCCUUAGUCCAGCCUCUCCAAGACCUUUGGCUUAUUGAGGAAGUCAGGUAUACGUUGUACGAGCCUUUAAAGAUGUGGACUUUGAACAGAUGGCAUGACUUUACCGACACCUUUAUUGCACCUGCUAGUCAAUACGUGACGCGGCAGGUUGACACCAUUAUUACACGUUUCAAAAACUAAUCAUGGAUUGACUUGUGGAAGACAUAGUGUGUUGAUUAGCUGAGCUGACAACUGCAAAAUACCUGUUGGUCCGAAUGUGAUCAUGCUACUUUCAACAGUAAUGUGUCUCAUUGGGGUGUGAAGGUCUAUACCUGCACGAAUGGGGCUGCAGUAGGUCCCUUGUAGGUGCAUUGUCAGGUCUACACUGCCAAUUGACCUACCAAAGU